UCGCCUCAGUGGCUGGGCCCCUCCUCCCUCUGCAACCUGCGGGGAGGUGCUGCUGCUAUCGCCGCUGCUUGUCUCGCAGAUCCUUGCUGGCAUAUUACUGAAUAUUUUUAUUGAACCUGCUUAAGAAUUCAGAGAAACUGCUGAGUGACCACUGGAGGAAAGAUCUAAUCUUUCAACUGACGCAUAUUCCAUCCACAUUAGAACAAUGUCCUACGUUUUUGUAAAUGAUUCUUCUCAAACUAAUGUGCCCUUGCUACAAGCCUGUAUUGAUGGAGACUUUAACUAUUCUAAGCGGCUUCUGGAAAGUGGCUUUGACCCAAAUAUCCGUGACAGCAGAGGCAGGACAGGCCUUCACCUUGCAGCAGCCCGAGGGAAUGUAGACAUCUGCCAGCUGUUGCAUAAAUUUGGUGCUGAUCUGCUGGCCACAGAUUAUCAAGGAAACACAGCUCUUCAUCUCUGUGGCCAUGUGGAUACCAUCCAAUUCUUAGUUUCCAAUGGACUCAAAAUUGAUAUAUGCAAUCAUCAAGGUGCUACUCCUUUAGUUCUGGCAAAGCGCAGGGGAGUGAAUAAAGAUGUCAUCCGAUUGCUGGAAUCUUUGGAAGAACAGGAGGUAAAAGGAUUUAACAGAGGAACUCACUCGAAACUGGAGACCAUGCAGACGGCUGAGAGUGAAAGUGCCAUGGAAAGCCAUUCCCUCCUCAAUCCCAACCUACAGCAAGGUGAAGGAGUCCUGUCCAGCUUUCGAACCACUUGGCAGGAAUUCGUAGAGGAUCUGGGCUUCUGGAGGGUCCUGCUCCUGAUCUUUGUCAUUGCUUUGCUGUCUCUUGGCAUUGCCUACUAUGUGAGUGGAGUGCUGCCCUUCGUGGAAAACCAGCCUGAACUGGUGCAUUAAAGGAGCUCAUAGAGAUGAGGCAAAUGCCUAUUUCUGGGCUCCCAACAUUGAUUCCCAGUUUCUCAAAAUUUUUCUUAGUGCAAGGCAGUGAGGGCUGAGCAUUUUUCUUUAUGCACUUUUACUUAUUGUAAUCCUUUUAGAAGAAUAAUGUGUUCAUUUGAACUUCAUACUGUAGUCAACUAUAGUGCAUCCUAAUGCUACCUCUGACUUAACCUGACUUCUUAAGAAAAUCUGCUGAUAACCUUGUUUGAUAAAAACAUGCAAAUGACUAGAGAAUAGAAGCUAAAGGAAGAGAGUAUCCUUAGGAUAGAAACCUUACCCUGAUCUUAGACCAAUUGAAGUAUCCAAAAAGAAAAAAACGUUCCCUUUAUGAAUGUUUUGGGUGGUGGGUUUAGUUUUGUUUAUUUUUGCAAGAGCUCCUUUUUUCUUUUUAUUUACUUUUUCUGGGGAGAGGACAAAACCUUUGAACUUAGAGUACAUUUUAAAAAUCUUGUAUGGCAAAUUAAUAUUGUUAGAAUCUAUUUGGUUUAUUUUAACAUUUUGAAGUCUAGUCACAAACCAAACAAAACUUUUGAAAUGAGCUAUAUUUUCUUCAAAACCGAUUGAUUUAAUCUUUGCUUUAGAGCAAUUUUGAUUUAUUGUAAACUGCUUUGCUUGUUAGUGUCUGUGAAAAAUCAGCUUCAGGAGUUCACUUUGCUCACUUUCUACUUUCCCCUUGUAUAUAUUUUAGAGGUGUCCUGUUCAUCAAAAGUGCAGUCAGAAAACUCUUUUUCUGCUGAAUAGUUAGCAGGGAGAAAUAAUUCUAAUAUUUAAUGUCACUAGAAUUUUGUAGUGCUAUUACAGUGGAAACGUCAGUUCUAUAAGCUAGCUGUGCGUCACAGUGGUAUCAUAAUUAUUUAACGUGCUGUCCUGUUUAGAGGCCUGUCAGACUUGUCAUUGCAGUCCCAUCCACAUCAGUGAUUCUUGGACGGAAGGAACAGGUGGAGUACUCAGUCAACAGCCCAGAGCCAUACUGUACUGUCAUAAGCUCUUUAUGACUGGUAACAUUAUGUACAUUGAAAUCUGGCCCCCCUAUAUUGCCGCUUUCAGCAGUGUGUUUGAAGGCCUCUUUUGUUAAUGUUUCUAUAUGUAUAAAUCAUUUCUUAGGUUAUUACAAAAGAAUCUGAAUGCUUAAUAAUUGUUCAUUGAGUGAAGUCUGAAAAUUGCAGUGAAAGAAUUAACGGUUUUAUUUUCUAGAACAACAGCAUCUAAGUUACUGCUAGUUGAAUUGUUGCUAGAAUUAGAAAUCACAGUUAGAGUAGAAUUGGUACUUGUGAUUCUUUUUGCUCCUUGAUAUUUCCUCCUUUGUAUUUAUAUAUCUGGUAUUGAAACUUUUUUCUUUUGUGUGGCUUGUUCCUCCCCUAAAAAGAUGUUAUAAAAUUCCUGAUGUACUGUUUUGUUUCAGGAUCAGCUUGCAGAGUCUUGCUUUUAGGUCAGAUACAAACAAAAUUAAUCAUACUUGGUGUAACUACAGCAAAAAAAAAAAAAAAAAACUCAAAUUCAAAGUAUAUUCAGAAUGAAAGUUUUACCUUUGUAAUUCUAAACAUACAAAACUGGUCAAUAUAUGUAAAUAUAUUAUACUUUUUUAAAGAUUAAUGUUUCCUUUUAAGUGCUGAUUUCUUUGUAUUCUCUGCAUUCAGUAUUAAGUAAAACCACCAAUAAAAUAUUUAUAAAUCCUUAAUCACAGUCU